ACCUUGGUGCAGGACUCGUUCGAGUUUCCUGUUUUGAAGCUAAGUGGGAAUUUAAAUAGGCGAAGAAAGGCUGUCACCCUAUAUUUUUGCUGCUUAAUUAGUUAUUGUUAAGUUACUUUGGUUUAGUAUGGGACAUAGUGUAUUGCCUGUUUAAUCUUUUUUUUUUUUUGUAGAAAACAGUACGAAGGGACCUUGCUGAUUCUAGUUUUCGCUGUGGUUGUCAGCAGUUCCUGUAAAGGCUUUUUUAUGAACAAAUGAAGGUCCUUUUGCUGAAAGAUCCCAAAGAUGGUGAAACAGGACCUGACCCUUACAUUAAGGAGUUGGCAUUACAAGGACUGGAAGCAACAUUAAUUUCUGUUCUCUCCUUUGAGUUUGUAUUUCUCCGUGAGCUCUCUGAAAAGCUUUCUCAUCAUGAAAAAUAUGACGGUAUUAUUUUUACCAGUCCCAGAGCAGUAGAAGCUGUCCAGAGAUCUAUUGAAGAAAAUAAUAUAACAGAAAACUGGCAGAACUCGUUGAAACAGCACUGGAGCAAUAAAUCUGUUUAUGUGGUUGGGAAAGCUACAGCUUCAUUAGUGAAAGAUCUGGGUCUUGUACCUCAAGGAGAAGAUUGUGGGAAUGCAGAAAAACUUGCCAGCUAUAUAUGUAACCAAGAAUCAUCAACUUCUUUGCCCCUUCUUUUUCCAUGUGGUCAAUUGAAGAGAGAGGCGCUGCCAAAAAUACUGAGGGAGAAUAGUGUGCCCUUGGAAUGCCUUACAGUCUAUCAGACAUCUCAACAUCCUCAACUGCAAGAAAGUUUGGCAGUUUACUUUUCUGAACAGGGUGUACCAGCAAGUGUCACAUUUUUCAGUCCAUCUGGAGUCAAAUUUUGUUUGCCAGCCAUCCAGAAACUAUCAGGCAACCUUUUAAAUCAAAUUAAGUUUGCAGCCAUAGGACCAACAACAGCAGAUGCCAUGAAAGCUGAAGGACUCCAUGUUAGCUGUACUGCUGAGAAACCAACUCCACAAGAUUUAGCUGUUGGAAUAAAAAGGGUCAUUCAGUAGACAAUGUGCUUUUAGGAUCAGAUCAUAACAGGGUGAUGUUAACAGACUGCACUGUUUUCAGAGUCUGUCAAUAGUUAAACUUUGUAUUCAUGACUUUAGGCAAGGACAGUAUUACAGACUGAGUUUGUUCUGCAAUUCAAAGUGCAACACAUUCAGUGUGAAUUGAAGUAUGGUGCUUUAAAGCAGCAGUCACGUCAGAUAGAUUUCUUUUCUUUGCAUUACUUGAUUAAACUCAACCUGUCAUCUACUUCA